UAAUUAUAUCUCACUUCAAUCACCGGACACAGCAGCCUAAUCCAUUUCCAGCCACAUGUUCCAACUCGAGAUGGCAAAGUUCAUUAACUUCAAGUCGAACAUUAAACAUCUUCCAAAGCGAAUAAUCCUAAUACGCCAUGGCCAGAGCUCAGCCAAUCUGGAUAGAAAUGUGUAUGCCAAUACACCCGACCAUAAAAUCCCGUUGACUCCACACGGGAUUGAUCAAGCCAGAGAAGCUGGCAGAAAACUCCUGGAUUUGGCUAAUAAUAUUUCUGACCAUGGAAAUCCACCAAACUGCAGCUCGAAUGCUUACUUUUACGUGUCUCCUUACGAGCGGGCAAAGUCAACUUUACGGGAGAUUAUCCGGGCAUUUCCGAGACAUCGAGUUGUCGGAGUUAGGGAAGAAUGCAGACUCAGGGAAAAGGAUUAUGGGUGUUUCCAACAUAAAUCAGAAAGCGUGGACCCAAUGGCGGGUUGGGAUAAAAUUGAGGAGGAUUGUGAAAAGUAUGGAAGGUUCUUUUACAGAUUCCCAAAUGGAGAAUCCGGUGCUGAUGUUUAUAAUAGCGUUUCAAGUUUUGUGGAAACCUUAUGGAGGGACAUAGACAUGAAAAGACUUUAUAAUGACCCCUCCUCGGUUGAGUUGAAUGUUGUGAUUGUGUCCCAUGAAGAAACAAUCCUAAUUUUCCUAAUGAGGUGGUUCCACUGGAGCACGGAACAAUUUGAGUCUCUAAAGGGCCCGAAGAACUGCGAGAUAAGAGUUCUGGAGUUGGGAUCAAGUGGAGAAUACAGUUUGGCUGUGCAACACGAUGAUGAAACCAUGAAAGAAUGGGGACUGUCUGAUGAAAUGAUUGAAGAUCAAAACCAAAGAGCCAUUGCUAAACCUAGAGAAUAUGUCUCGAAUGAAAAGAAUCCGCGGUACCUCAACUCUUUCUUUGAUUCAAUCGAUACUGAUGAUGGAUCUCAUCAACAAGAUGCUGAUCAAAACAAUUAAGCCUUUUAAGUUAUAACUAAGGUGGCAAAAAAUAGAGCACUAUUUUUCUCCGUACAAAUUUGCAGCACGCAUGUCACUCUAGGCAAUAAUGACUAAUUCUUGUGAUACUUUUGUUAUAGCUCAUCUCGAAUGUUUAGCUUCUUCAUCUGGAAUAUUCAAGAAUAGACCGAUUUGACUAUUUUUUUGAGAUUAUUUUUAAAAAAACAAAAACCUU